AUGUCAGAGACAGCUCACGAUGGCAAGUCCCGGCUGUCUUUGAACUCCCGCAAAGUGUACGAGUCGAUUCCGGAGGACGUGCCAGAAGCUACGGUGCUCCCCCGCAUGGACUCGAUGGGGAGUAUAUCGCAGUCCCUGGGCCAGUAUCCGUCGUUUGUUAGUAUGGAUCGGAAGGACAGUCAACGAAAGAAAUUGGCGAUUCCUGAAUUCGAAAGCACGCGCAAUAGAGGACAUUCGAACGCGGCUUUCCACAGCGUGGAAUCCGCUACCUCGCUAUCGAGCAUUUCCAUUAGAGAGGCCGACGAGAGCACGUUUGCCGAUCAGACACAAACAUCCAGGUUUACGGGCGAUAGAGUGAGUCCCACAUGGGCUCUUUCCGAUAUUUUACAGGUUCUGAGCGACAAAAAUACAUCCAGUGAAGACCUUGUUGACAAGACGAAUGAUAUGGUGGAGCUGCUGGAGGAGAACGAAUCACUAAGGAACGAUCUUGUGUUCUCUUCCGUUAUCCACGUCGUUCAAAGACUGAUGCUCCAAGGCAACGAGAUGGUGGUUACUUGCGGAUACAGGAUUCUGUGGUACGUGGUCACCAAUCUACGGGCACUGCAGCUAUUUUUCAGGUACGACCUAUACGUUUUCGUUAUUGCCAGUUUGAGCAAAGAUCCCAAGCACACGACAGAACGGAGCGAAUGCAUACGUCUUGUGCGACGUUUGGUCAGCAUUGAAGGCGGCCCAAACGAGUUUCCGGUUGCAUUGGUCCGCUCGCUUAUUAACAUAGUCGAGGACGUUACUGAUCCACUGAGAGCCAUCGCUUUUGAGACACUCGUGGAAAUCGCUCUUUUGGAUCCAGAAAGAGCGUACAGAGCCAACGCGUUAGGCGUUCUGUUGCAGUACAUUGUUGACGGGCCUGCCAUCUCAAGAGGUGUAUUUUGCGCAGCCAUCCUUAAACUUCUCGAUCUCCCAAAUACCAGACCCUAUAUCAUGGAAUCGCAGCUUGUCCAGUUGCUCAUAUCGCCUUUCAUGGAUAUUUCGCAUAUCAAAACAGAAAAUUUGCAAGUUAUAGCGCAUCUGAUCGUGUUCAUGCUGAAAAAUUGGUCUGGACUCAUAGCUUUCAGCCAGCACGAUUUUCUCCCCAUCCGUGAGCUGAUAAACUGUCUUACGUUCAACUCAGUUUCUAUAAAGAGUAUUUUGCUACAGAUUUUCAGCGACUUGUUUCGGAUCAAACCUAUGUCCCUGAGUGACACCAAUGACGAAAACGGCCCGGUGAUUGUUCCUCUGAUAAAUUCUGGACGACGAGGGUCACUAUCAAAGUUCAACACCAGCGCACGAAGCUCGCCUGAAACAGAACCCUCGUUGGUCAACCACUACACCAUGCUGGUGCUGCAUAUAUGCAUUCGCUGUGGUCUCGUGGAUACGCUAAAGAAACUAUUCGAAGAAGUGACUGACAAGAAGUUGCAUAAGCGCAUAAUGAUCCUGCUGUCAGAAAUCUCAUACAUGCAGUCGUUUUUGGUCCCAGAUCAGCUGAUAAAGUCGAUAGCUCCGUCAUUUGAGCUCAACAAACAGAUCGAGAAAUACCUUCGAAAACACCAUACUUCCAACCUCAUUCUUGCAGAACACGUCCAUGUGAAGCUGUCUGAACAGGUUUUCAGGGACUUGCGACUGAGAACGCUGUGUGGUGCCGACGCAACACACUUAAAAGUUCUAGUCGCGGAUACUCAUGUUCUGGCUACCAAAGAUUACUACAAAUGGAACUGGAGCUUGAUCACCGAGCUAAUGCAGGGGCCGCUUCGCGACUCGCGCAACUUCGAGGAGACUGUGCGAACUACCAAGUUUUACAAGAGGCUGAUGUCGUUUUACCGUCCGUUCAAGUACCGUUUUGCAUCGCUGCGCAAGACGAAGUCCAAUUUAGUUUUCGUGAAAGUGGGCUGCGAGAUCUUCAAGAACUUGCUUUCCAACGCCGAGGGAGUCAAGUAUCUGACGGAAAACAAAGUUUUGCCCCAAAUAGCAGAGUGUCUCGCACAGGUAGACCCGUACAGUGGAAUCACGGCAGGCGACCCGCUUUUCUCCAAAACCAAGCUGGAGACAACGCUCAGCUACGGGUACUUUUCGUUCCUCGGGGUUCUCUCAGCAGACCCGAACGGGCUGCGGAUGUUGGAGCAAUGGUGGUUCUUCGACAUGCUGUACCAUAUAACGGACCAAAAAGCACACCGGCCAGACCUGGUGAAGAUCAUUAUAAAGGAAAUGAAGUACAACUCCAACAGUCAUAUGCGAAUCAUCCUCAGCAAGGUGGCAAGUACCUCGGGCCCUUCGUUGCGCUUAUUUUCUGUUCGGCUGCUGGGAAGUCUCUUGGAAAAUGAGGACUGUGAGAGUUUCGCGUGUCGUUUGCUGGUGGGCCAGCUGUGCGAUCCGGAGGAGAAUAUCAGACAGCUUUCUGUGGAGUUACUGACUUCAUUUGCGAAAGAUGAGGAAAAAGUCCUGGAAAUCAUCAGGUACAGACCGUCGCUCGGUGUUUUGGAAACACCUAGCGGCAUAAAAUUGAUGCUUAAGAUUCUGGCUACGCGGCCGGGGUUCGAGUAUUUGCAGGAGUACGACUUCGUCGAUGAGGAGAUGGAGGCCUGGAUCCAGUCCAAGAACAAGCACUACGUCCAGCACAUAGAGACGUAUCUGGCCCAGAAGCUUUUCAAUGAGAAGGCCCCCAGCGAGCUGCCGUACCAUUUUUUCGGGGGACUGGUGAGGACUACGGAUGGGCUGCGGCUGUUCGAGGUCACUGGAACUUUUGAGUCGUUCUCGCGCGUCGUGAGCUCGUAUGCCAAUUUGAUCGAGACAGGUCAGGAGUCGGAGUUCUAUUACAAUACGCCGUGCAGCGAGCAAGAAGACUAUGUGACGGACCUCAAGUCUGUGCUGUGGGCAAUCGGCCACAUAGGAUCGUCGGACCACGGGGUGUGUCUCUUAGAUACGACAGGCGUGGUGAACGAGAUUGUAUCGAUCUGUGCCAAAUCGCAGAACGCAUCCAUCCGAGGCACCUGUUUUUUCGUUCUGGGGCUGAUUUCCCAAACAGACCUCGGCUCCGAGAUGCUGGAUGACGUGGGGUGGUUCACAAAAACUGCCUCGAGCGGUUAUCUGGGGUUGUGUCUGCCGAAAAAGCUGGAGGGCUUGGUGGAGCUGGACGGGCACGAAGCCGUCCUUGCAGAUCUGAGCAGACUCCCGAGCUCCACGGCGAUGGAAGAGUUCGACAGGAUCAUGGAUCAGGACUACCUGCCAUUCCACAAUAGAGAGAAGCUAUUAAAAAGAACCGACUCGUCCGGUGGGGUUGGCGGUGCAACGGGACCCGGCCCCUCUUCCCACUCCGCAAGCAUCACCAGCGAAUACCAGGCUCUCAAGCAAAUCUACCGAAACCUGCUACUUCUUCCCGUCAACCAGGGAAAAGCUGUGGGGAAUCUAAAUCGGUUGAAGUCCGGUCACCCUAAAUUAUUCGAGUCGGAGCCGGUGGUGAUGAAAUUGAUUAUGGAGGUGUUGGAGAACUACCGAAUAAAGUUCAAUGCGAAAAGGUUCCUUCUGGGCGAACUGAUCGAUCUCAACAGUCUUAUGGAGGCAGUACUGAAGCACAACAGACGAAAGCUCAAGGAGCAAGGGCUUCUGUCAAGUGGGGUAGGUGGUGAGAACUCCAAAUCUGCGCAGAAUAUAGCCAUGGCUAGGGGCUCCAGCAAUCGGCAUGCUGUGCUGUACUGA